AUGGGUUGCAUUGCAGGUGGCUCGAACGGACAAACUUUCUCCACUUUUACGACCUGCAACUCCACUGGAGUGCGUAACGGGAGACUGGGUCUCAACUUUCGUGCCCCGUACUGCAACCGGCAUCAGGGCUCGGCUAUCAUGAUGAAAGCAAUACACUGUUCACUGCUGGCGGUGCUGGCCGUGACGUUGCUGGGCGUGUGUUACGCCUGCAAGAUCUCGGAGUAUCCCUGCAAGGGUGGAGCCAGCUGCGUACCACUGGACAAAUACUGUGAUGGCCGGGACGACUGUGGUGAUGGUAGCGACGAGCCGAAAAUGUGUACAGUGUGCAACCGGACGUACUACGGCGACAUCGGACGGACGUACACGCUCACGGUACCACCGCCCCAGUGGAACCGGCUGCCAUUUUUGUGCCAUCUUACGUUUACCGCUUCCGGUCACGAACAGGGUGACAUCGUGCAGAUCAUUUUCGACAAAUUCACCGUCGGUCGGUUCGACGAAGGGCUGAUCGAUCCGGAUAUGGACUCAACCGAUGCAAGUCUCACGAGCGGAGGUGAUCUACCGGGCUGUCCGGAGGGUUUCAUGCAGCUCAGCGAGCUAGGACGCCCGUUCACCGGUGGAUCCUGGUGCGGGAAGGCAUCCGGUCAUCAGCUGUACUUCAGCGAAACAUCCACGGUGACAGCAUCUGUCAAGGUCUUUCAUGCACCGAUGCAGGCAGGCACGCCGUUCGAAUUCCGUAUCCGGUACAAAUUCAUAAGUCAAUCAGAGGCCAUUGUCAGGUACGGCGCCCCAAGCGAACUGCUCGAGCUCGGCCGGGUCACACCGGGGACGUACUGCACGCGUCAGUACGACGAGUGCUACCGGAAGAAGUGCCGCUUGCAGAGCCCAAACUACCCGGGUAUGUACCCGCGGAACGUCACCUGCUACUGGACCAUCCGGCAGAAAGUGGUGCCGACCUGCAAGCACGCCAUGGUCGCCAUCAGCCAAGAGAACGAACACAAGGCCCUCGUGAAGCGCUCCAUCGCCAGCCUAAACAAGACGUCACGAGCUGUACGCGCCUGGUCGGAUUGUACCGGUGAACGGGAUCAUCUGAUCUUCUACGACGGCAGCAGCACGAAUGAUCCCGUCCUGGCGAAGUACUGCGGUGGUGACUGGUUGCCUCGCGUCGUCUCACGUGGCCCCGAAAUGUUGAUCGCGUUCCAUUCGAGCCCAUUCUCGGCACCGCUUCAGUCUGGCCAGUCUAACCGGGGUUUCGAGCUGGACGUCGACAUCCUGUUUGCUGAUUCGGACUCGUACGACUUCGCUCAGGGUACAAAGUGUGAGUUCCACAUCAACGCGUCUAAUCCAGAUGAGGUGCUGCUAUCGAGACGUGGCCGGAUGGGACACCUGCUGAGUCCGAGGCAUACGCUCGCUCCGAACACGACCUGCACGUACUAUUUCCACGGGUUGCCGACGGAUCUGAUCUGGAUCUCGUUCACGCACUACCAUCUGCAGAUACUGCAGCCGAGCAGCAGUACCAGCAGCAGUGACAACUCCACCAUCGGCAGGCACGAGCCCGUUUUGCCGUGGAUCACUCGCACGCGCAUCUGGGACAGUGCAGGAACGUACGUUCCAGUACGAGCGACUUCUCCAGCUUCAGCCACCGUCACGACGUACGGUACGGCGACUCUCGGUGCUGGACUGGGCAGUUCUUUGCUACCAACAGGCCUGACCACCACGACGGCUCUCUACCAACAGCUGAUGAAUCGCACCGUCAACAGCUACUACACCGGUGGUAGUGGUGUAGGUGUUGGUGCUGCUACUGGUCUUGAAUCAACCGGAAAAGCGCUCAAAAUAAACGUCGAUCACGUGUGGAAUCCGGUUGAUCAGUACAUCUAUGGGCCGACUGUGAACAGCAUCUUCAACCAACCACCUCCGACAGCGCCAAGUGACGGAUUGCGUGGACGUGGUGGCUUUGGUUCGACCUCUGAUAAGUAUGGCAAGCAUUCGCGAGGAAAGUCUGAGUUGGGUUCGGGUAACUACGUGCAAUCAGUACGUCACGGAAAGGACAACUCGGGUGGGUACGAUCCUUCGAAAGAUCACGGUCGCAAAGACCGCCCCGGGACGCGUGGAGCCUCUGUUGGAUCUCGACGACUGAUGGCGGAGUUCUUCGACAAUGAAGCACCCAAACUUUGCGAUCACAUGACGCUGGAAAGCAAGGGACAUCGCAUGCGUCCGUGUACACCGCUCGAAAGCUACGUCAGCACGGGUCGGGAUUUGAAAAUUGAGUUCCACACCAUGACCGGGACUUCGCUGUUCCCGUCGAGCUUUGGCAUCAACUACGAGUUUGUGGACACCGAACUGGGAGGCGAACCGUUCUUGGGUGAGGGCAAGAAACCGCGUGAUCCUCCAGAUGACCUCGCUGAUCCAUCACUGCCCAUCCUGUGCUCGCGGGUCUUUCGCAAACGUAAGGGAGACUUCCAAUCACCACGCAACGUGUUCCUCCACGGACGAGGUGGAGCCAAGAACAUCUCCUGUUUGUACCGCUUCGAGGCGUCCGUUGGCGAACGGGUACGCGUGGAGCUGUUUAACGUGUCGUUUGGGGAGUUUGCGACCUGCACUACCGAGAGUGAUGGUCACACGGGUCGUGCCAAAUGCACGCCGGCUGAAGGAGAACCAGAUGGACGCAUCGGAGAGCUACGUAUCUUCGACGUGCCAUACCCAGACGCAAGGAUCCCGCUAGGAUGCUUCUGUGACAACACGAGCAGCACGUACAACGCACCGCUCACGUUCAUCUCAAAUUCACGCACGCUCGAGCUAACGUUUGUCGUAACGCGGCUCAACAUCUCGGAGGACUUUGCGGACGUGUACUUCCACGCGGCGUACGACUUCAUUCGUGUGCCGGAGUGCCGUAGGCGAUUGCGAUUGCGUGGAUCUGGCGGUGAGGAUGAGCUACAUUUCCCGCUUCGAUCACACGAGGCCAGCUGUGAUGGGUUGCCAUGGUACAUCGAGGCUCAGCAGCAGGAUCGCAGCCUGUUUGUUCGCACCUGGGGUAGUUUUCUGCCGGUCGAACCUACGCCGGAUGAUUUUGCAAAGUGCAACACGCGCAACCGGUUGAUCGUUUACAGCGGCACACCACUGAAGGUGAUGCGUGUUGUUUGUCCAUCACCACCUUCAAGCCGAUCCGCGGCGUUGCACAUCUUCAGUGAGGAUUGGUUGAGUAACCAGCCCUUCUUGACGUUCGACAAACCUGUCAGCAUGGUGCUGGAGCCGAUCCACAAGGAACCGGGAAGUAUCGGGUUCUCCUGGCUCGAGAUUCAGCGGACAAAAGCGUCUCUCAUCCAGCAGCUUGACCUGCAGUCGAACUUCACCACCAACGACACGCUCGUCGAAUUUGGGUUGUACCCGCGUGAAACAGAGUGCGAGUAUCGGUGUCCCGAGCUGGACGCCUGCAUCGGCAGCGCCCUCUGGUGCGACGGCCGACCCAACUGUCCGUCCGGGUACGACGAAAGCGAGCAGGAAUGUGGCAGCCGUCUGAUCGAGCUGCCAGGAGGCAUUUACGCCGCGUUCGGAUGCGUCGCGGCUGCCAUCUCAGCGUGCCUCAUCUUCUGCCUGCUCGUGAUGGUGAAGAAACGCCGCAAGGCGAACGAAAAACUCAAACCAGCCACCGCAAACGGGGCCGCCUCGCUCAAUGGGACGCUCUCGAAGAAGGACUACAAGAAGGAGCCACUAUUCUUCGAUCCCGACUCCUGACACGGGCUGCAACCGGUCGAGUACAUCCACGUCGACCGGGAAACGACCGUGUGACAU